AUGAAAAGCAGUGAAUCUGGAGAAAUUAUAAACGGAGAAUAUGAUGUUUCAACGUCGUCCGUCAAAGAAGAAACUAUCGGCAGCGCCAAAUUCUCCGCUGGUCUCCGUCGCAUCCCUUUCAACGAGGUGGGAGAGGAGAUGGCGUCGCUCACAAAAAUAGCAUGCCCAAUCGUGAUGACAUCACUCCUCAUAUUUUCGAGAUCAAUAAUCUCAAUGUGGUUCUUGAGUCACCUCGGAAAAGUCGAACUAGCUGGUGGUGCACUCGCCAUGGGCUUCGGAAACAUCACCGGAGUCUCCGUACUCAAAGGCCUUUCCGUUGGUAUGGACCCAAUCUGUGGGCAAGCCUUCGGAGCCAAACGCUGGUCCGUCCUAAGCCACACGUUUCAGAAGAUGUUCUGUCUCUUAAUUGUCGUCUCUAUUCCCAUCGCCAUUGCGUGGCUCAACAUCGAACCCAUUUUCCUCAGGCUAGGUCAAGAUCCUGAUAUAACCCGAGUUGCCAAAACCUACAUGGUCUUCUUUGUCCCUGAGCUCUUGGCUCAAGCGAUGCUCCAUCCUCUCCGAACGUUCCUCAGAACACAAGGCCUUACGUCACCGCUAACGAUAUCCGCCAUUGUCUCCAUUCUUCUACAUCCUCUCUUUAACUACGUCUUCGUUGUGCGUAUGCGUUUAGGCGUCAAAGGCGUCGCGGUCGCAAUGGCUUUUAACACUAUGAACAUCAAUGUGGGACUGCUCGUUUACACGUGUUUUUCGGAUUCUCUCAUCAAACCGUGGGAAGGGCUAGCUUUGCGGACGCUUUUCCGUGGUUGGUGGCCGCUUCUUUCUCUAGCCGCACCAAGCGCCAUAUCUGUUUGUUUGGAGUAUUGGUGGUACGAGAUCAUGCUUUUCCUUUGUGGGCUUCUCGGAAACCCUAAAGCGAGUGUGUCGGCGAUGGGGAUACUGAUUCAGACCACGGGGCUACUCUACGUAGUCCCGUUUGCUAUAAGCAGCGCCAUUGCGACCCGUGUAGGCCACGCGCUCGGAGGCGGACAACCUACACGGGCGCAAUGUACGACGGUGAUCGGUUUGAUACUCGCGGUAGCAUACGGUUUAUCAGCUGCUGUCUUUGUGACCGCGCUUAGAUCGGUUUGGGGGAAGAUGUUCACGGACGAACAGGAGAUCCUAGGGCUGAUUUCGUCCGCGCUUCCCAUCUUGGGGCUUUGCGAGAUCGGAAACUCGCCGCAGACAGCUGCUUGUGGAGUCUUGACGGGCACGGCAAGGCCCAAAGAUGGAGCACGUGUUAACCUAUGUGCGUUUUACAUAGUGGGCUUGCCAGUGGCAAUCACGACCACGUUUGGGUUUAAAGUUGGGUUUUGUGGGCUAUGGUAUGGACUGCUGGCUGCGCAGAUGACGUGUUUGGUUAUGAUGCUUUAUACGUUGAUCCGCACGGAUUGGACCCACCAGGUGAAGCGUGCGGCGGAGCUUACUUCUGCUGCAGCGGACAAAGGUCUAUCGGAAGAAGAGACCAUUCAUACUGAAGUAGAUGAUGAGGAUGAUGAUGUUGCUAGUAAUGAUCUGGAGAUUGGUUUACUACAAAACACGAGAUGA